AUGGAAAUUCCUUUUAUAUUUCACUUUCUUUUUGCGGUGUGUAUACGUCUCGCACUUUUCUAUGUCGUUCCCAUGUACGCAAUACCAAAUAGAGUCGAGUUCAAUACAUCACCAUAUUCCCUUUUGGAUAAACCCGACGACUCAUUGUUGUCAAUACUCUUCACUUUUAUUCCUUUCGACACAAUUCCACUGGUCACGUUACUUUUAUCAACAUUACCAGCUCUUAUACUCUCAUCACUCUCAAAGACUUCCGCUUGUGUGUUUCUCUAUAACCCAUUCUCAAUUAUCGCGUCACUUGCCGUCUCAAGUCAAUCCCUUGUCCAAACCCUAAUGGCAUUUCUCUUUGUUCUCCCGAAGAACAAAGUCACACAACACAUCUUCUCGCCACUGCUCCCAAUUUUAAUCGCAAUAUACCCACAAGCAUUCCCAUUACUACUUCCACUCUUAACUUCCCUCUCCCCAACGGUGCUCUUGGGACUUCCAGUAGUCUUCCUGUCUUAUUCAAACUUCGGCUUCCCAACACACUUCUUUGUCACGGACCUCACUCCAAACAUCGGAUUGUAUUGGUACUUAUUCACUAAUAUGUUCCAAGAGUACUCUUUACUCUAUACAGUAGUGUUACCUUUGAUACCACUCUUUGUCUCACUCAUUAUGUACCCACAUAUGAAGGACCACAAGUUCUAUUACACGUACGUCGUCGCCAUUUUGAUUGCUGUGUGCAACCCAUACAUCUCACUCCAAGACGUUUUAAUACCAAUGGCGCUCUUUAACAUCACUUGGUCCAAUUUGUGCGUCUACUUCUGGAAGCUCAAAGUCGUCGCCUUUGUCUUCCCUGUCAUGGUCUUACUCUUCUCCAUUUUCAACGACUUUUAUAAAUACUCCUACUUCAAUAGUAACAUGAUCUAUGCUAUGAACCUCGGCAUCGGCUUCACACUCUUUUCUACCUGCGAAGAAACAGUCAACGGAUGUCUCCACAACGACUUCUUAGUCGCAAACAAGAGGACGGACCACGCAAUCGAUACAAUUUAUUGA